AUGGCGUUUCAGGAGAGCCAUCUGACAACUACACUCCUGACCUCUAUCCUGGCAGCGGUGCUCGGCUCGCUGCAGAUCGGAUACCACACCGGCAACAUCAAUGCUCCGGCCAAAAUCAUCGAAGAGUUUUUCAACCACACCUGGAGAGCCAGACACAACCAGUCCAUGCCAGACCACAGCCUGACUCUCCUGUGGUCGCUCUCCGUCAGCAUUAAGGACUUCGGAGCUUUGCUGGGUUCUCUGGGAGUCAAAUACCUGGCAGAUUCUUAUGGCAGACGUAACUCCAUCCUGAUUGUUAAUGGACUGUCGGUGGUGGGAGCUUGUAUGAUGUUUGCAUCCAAAGCUAGCGAGUCGUUCGAGGUUCUCAUACUGGGACGUUUGGUGUUUGGUCUGUUCUGCGGUCUGGUGAUGAGUCUGAACCCCCUCUACAUCCAGGAAAUGUCCCCCACCAACCUGAGAGGGGCCUUUGCUACACUCAACCAGGUGUCUUUCGCCACAGGCAUCCUGGUGGGAAUGGUGGCUGGUCUGGAGACAGUUCUGGGUACAGAACAUUACUGGGCCAUGAUGUUGUCUCUGUCUCUGAUCCCGGCUGUAACUCAGUACCUGGUUCUGCCUUUAUGUCCUGAGAGUCCACGAUACCUUCUCAUCAACCGAGGAGAGGAGGGAAAGGCGGAAACUGCCCUGCAGAGGCUGAGAGGCCGAGCAGACACAGUGUUCGCUGAGCUGGAAGAGAUGAAGGAGGAAGCCGCCCACACUCAGAGUGGCCUGACCGUCUACGAGUUCUUCAAUAAGCGCAGCUACAGGCAGCCCAUCAUUAUCGUCCUCAUCGUCAACUUGGGAAGCCAGCUGUCUGGAUUCAACGCGAUAAUCAACUACUCCACCAGAAUGUUCCAGGCCAAGUUUGACCAGGCCAAGUAUCUGACUCUGGGUGUCGGUGCCGUUAACGUGACCUUCACUUUGGUAGCAUUCUUCCUGAUGGAGAAGGCAGGGAGGAGAAAGCUGCUCCUGACUGGUUUCAUCUCCAUAGCUGUGUGCAACUUACUCAUGACCAUCGUCGAUUCUGUCCUGCACCUGGUCCCGGAGCUGCGCAGCCUUCAGGUGCUGCUGGUUUUCUGCCUGAUUUCCGCCUACGAACUCGGCCCCGGGCCCAUAUCCUGGUUCAUCGCCGCCGAGCUGUUCGACCAGCCCGGCAGGCCCAUCGCCAUGGCCUUCACCAGCAUGCUCAACUGGGGAGGGAAGUUUGUUCUGGCGCUGCUCUUUCCUCCAUUACUGAAAAUCUGUGGCGCUUACGUCUACCUCCUGUUCAUGACCGUGGCUCUGCUCGCCUUCACCUUCACCUGGAUUCGGCUCCCGGAGACGAAAGGGCGGACGUUCGAUGACAUUGCAGAGGAGUUUAGGGGAGCAGAAGGCAUCCCUUUGCACAAUAAGGCUGGAUUCAACACUUUUACCUAA